AUGCUAAGUUGCUCAGUCAUGUCCGACUCUGCCACCCCAUGGACUGCAGCCCGCCAGGCUCCCCUGCCCAUGGGAUUCUCCAGGCAAGAAUACUGGAGUGGGUUGCCAUGCCCUCCUCCAGGGGAUCUUCCAGACCCAGGAAUCGAACCCACAUCUCUUAUGUCUCCUGCCUUGGCAGGCGGGUUCUUUACCACUAGUACCACCUGGGCCUCUUAUUAUAUGGACACAAGUCAGAUUGGAUUAGGGUCCACCUAUAUGACUCUGUUUAACUUUGAUUACCUUUUUGAAGACACUCGCCUAAGACAGUCACAUUCUGAGGUCUUGGGGGUUAGAACUUCAAUAUAG